UUUCUCCAGUGGGAACGAGGAAAUCGUCGGAAAUAGAAGAAGGCAAUUGAAUUAUUGGAUUACCUCGUGCAAGAGAGGACUUUUGGCUGAAUCUGGAUUUUGUGUACUCUUCGGUCUUCCCCAUGUCUGUCUCACUGGCCUCUUCAGUAUCUUUAAAAAGAGGCAUUUCAAUAUUAGUCCGUUGACCUGGAUUAAUAUUUUCUGCACCUUCGUCGCUUUCAUCUCGGUCGUCCAGGAACCGAUCGUCACCAUCAUCACUGUACUUGUCAAAUUCAAAGUCGUACUCGUCCUGCAGGUAGCUCGAGUGUGCUGGAGAUCCAUUCUGAGGAGAAUCCUUCCGUCUUGUGCCACCACCCUUGGAGUAGCUUUUGGUUUUGUGCGCCAUCCACAUCGUAUUCAUGGCGGAACUGCAGAUCAAACAGUGAAAAUAAAAAUGGAGUCUUCGCCGCAGACCAGUGCGAAUUUUAAAGAAGAGCUAGAAUUUAAAGACUGCUACGUCAAGUACUGCAAGGACCACAAAAUCAGCACUCCAACCAAGACCUUGGCACACCAGACCGAUCCUUCCAGUUUGUCGGUCAAUGCUGAUAGAAUGAAAGUUUCCGACUGGGAGGCGAUUUUUGUGGCUCUGCAGAAAGAGACUUUGAUCAAAAAACUUUGCGUCUUGAGCAGCAAAAGGAAGAAGGACUGGCUUAGCUCUGUUGACGAGAACGUCAAGAGCGAGUUCGCAGCCAGCUCGGUCAAGGGCCCUCCGAUCUUCACCAAUUACAUUUUGGAAAAGCUGCUCACGGCUGUGGUCAAGGCGUUGCUCCGGAAGGAGAGCGUCUGCGAAUUUCUCAAGCUCGAGCUGCCCUUGGGCCCGAAUUACUGCCUCCUGUUCAGCCAAGGAAUUCCUGGGGCUCUGAAGCUGCGUCGGCUGUCCUUGAGUGGCUGUAGCAUUGGCGACGAAGGGUGUCGGUACAUUUGUGACGCCCUCAAGAUGAUGCCACACAUCAGGGAGCUCGAUUUGUCCGAGUGCAACCUCGGCACUCAGUCUGUUGACAAGAUCGUCGACCUGUUGAAGUGCCACGGACUGAUUCUCUCCACUGUUGCCUGGGAGACUAGUUUCAGAUACAGGGCUCCAAAAAUUAACACCUCGAUGGGUCUUGCUCGACUUACUUUGAACAAAAAUCAGGAGAUUGGUGAUGAAGGCGCGAAAAAACUUGCAGAAGCCUUGAAAGAUGACAUGAGCCUUAAAGCCAUUGACCUGCAAGGUUGCAAAAUCACUGCUGAAGGAGCCACGUCCUUGCUCGGGAUGCUUCAUCACAACAAAAUUCUCAAGUUGAUUGAUGUGAGAGGAAAUGGGCUGUCCAUCUACAUGACCGAAACCAUCACCAGGGUUUUGCAUUGCAAGGAGCGCGUGGCCGCAGCCAAAAAAGACGAUUUCCCAGUGGAGUGGCUUCCUCUGGUUUCGAACUGAUCGGAAACCACCGAGAGUCAGUUUGUUUGUUUUUCAACUUCACUUUUAUGAAAAUAAAUAGAAGUGUGUUGUUCAAUACUGCAGACUCCUCUUUGUCUGGAUGUCGUCCAGCAUCUGUCUCAGCUCCUCAUCCUCAAAACGACCGACCAGACUGGGAAUCAGGGCCUUGGCUUCUUCAGGGGUUUCGGGGCACAGGUUGGCCAGGGAAGCAAGUUCAAACUUGUGCAGUUUUUUCUGGGCCAGCAUGCUGCGGACGCUGGCGAUCGUUUCCUUGUUUUUGAAUUUGCGGAAUCUGUUGGUGUAGGUGAGCGUUUUGACAAAGACGUCGGACAACUCUUGCUCCUCUUCGGCAGUUUCGUUCUGCUGGUGCCGGUGCUCGAGCAGCAUGUGAACCUCCGAUAUAAGCAAAGUUUCUGCGUUCUCAAACUCUUUUGGGAAUUGCAAGUCCGCUGCGUCUUCCUCUGGCUGCUCUGUGUUGGACAUUUUUCUACCUGAAAAUUAAUUACAGGUUUUAUGAAUUAAGCCUAAAAGUUCUUCAUUCAAAAAUCUUUAAAUAACUCAUUGACGUUGAAAUCUAUAAACUUCAUAUUUUAAGCUAUUUUAGGUUCAGUCUAACAUUUUAUAUUUUACUUACUGUGUAAUUUAGUUGAUAUAAAUUUGUUAAA